CUUCGAUAGCAUAUAGUUAAAGACGCAAAACUCUCUUGCGCCGCCCGCGUCUCUCUCUCUUCGCUUGUUAUCUCUUUCCACUCUCUGUAGAAACACAGAACCCUAAUCAUCAAAAUCUCAAGAUGAAUCGCGAGAAGUUGAUGAAGAUGGCCAACACUGUCCGCACUGGCGGCAAGGGUACAGUUAGAAGGAAGAAGAAGGCUGUGCACAAGACCAAUACAACUGAUGACAAGAAGCUCCAAAGCACCUUGAAGAGAAUUGGUGUUAACUCCAUUCCAGCUAUUGAGGAAGUUAACAUCUUCAAGGAUGAUGUUGUUAUUCAGUUCACCAACCCUAAGGUUCGAGCUUCAGUUGGUGCAAACACAUGGGUUGUUAGCGGUUCUCCUCAGACCAAAAAAUUGGAAGAUAUCCUUCCUCAGAUUCUCAGCCAUCUAGGACCAGACAACAUGGAGAAUCUCAAGAAGCUAGCAGAGCAGUUCAAGAAGCAAUCUCCUGGUGGAGGUAAUGUCCCAGCAACCAUUCAAGAGGAUGAUGAUGAGGACGAUGAUGUCCCUGAACUUGUAGCUGGUGAGACUUUCGAAGCCGCAGCUGAAGAGAAAGUAGCUGCUGCUUCUUCUUAAAACAGAAGAGCGAGAGACCACAAACAACAAAAACCGCACUUAUGAGUUUUACAUAUCAUUAUUAAUGUUUGCUCGCUCGAUCCUCUUUUUGUAGUGUUUCCUACCAGAUUCUUGUUUCCAGAUAAUGAUUUAUGGUUUUUAUCCAGUUGAUCUGUUUCUCUCA